AUAUGGCUUUCAACAACCUUAUCCGCAACUUGGCUAUCGGAGAUAACGUCUACAAAUACUUUGACUUGAAUGGUCUCAAUGAUGCUCGUUACAACGAGCUUCCAAUCUCCAUCAAGUACUUGUUGGAAGCCGCAGUUCGUCAUUGCGAUGAGUUCCAUGUAUUGAAGAAGGACGUGGAAACCAUUCUUGAUUGGAAAAACAGCCAGCGUAACCAAGCUGAGAUUCCUUUCAAACCAGCACGCGUUAUUCUCCAAGAUUUUACUGGAGUUCCAGCCGUCGUAGAUCUUGCCGCUAUGCGUGACGCCGUUCAAAAUAUGGGUGCUGACCCGGCCAAGAUCAACCCAGUAUGCCCAGUUGACCUUGUCAUCGAUCACUCCGUGCAAGUCGAUCACUACGGAAACCUUGAAGCCCUUGCCAAGAAUCAGUCCAUUGAGUUUGAGCGAAACAGAGAACGCUUCAACUUUUUGAAGUGGGGAUCCAAAGCUUUCGACAAUCUUCUUAUUGUACCGCCAGGAUCUGGAAUCGUCCAUCAGGUUAAUCUUGAAUAUCUUGCCAGAACAGUGUUUGUUGGAAAGGAUGGCGUUCUCUACCCUGACUCCGUCGUUGGAACCGACUCCCACACCACAAUGAUUGAUGGAAGUGGUGUUCUUGGAUGGGGUGUUGGAGGAAUUGAAGCUGAAGCUGUGAUGCUCGGACAGCCAAUUUCCAUGGUUAUUCCAGAAGUUAUUGGAUACGAAUUGGUUGGAACUCUCAGUGAUACCGUUACCAGUACCGACUUGGUUCUUACAAUCACAAAGAACCUUCGUGAUCUCGGAGUUGUUGGAAAGUUUGUUGAGUUCUUUGGAACUGGAGUUGCAUCGCUCUCCAUCGCCGAUCGUGCAACAAUUGCUAACAUGUGCCCCGAAUAUGGAGCAACAAUUGGAUUCUUCCCAGUCGAUAGCCGUACCAUUGACUACCUCACUCAAACCGGACGUGAUACCGAUUAUACUCAACGCGUGGAACAAUACCUCAAGUCUGUUGGCAUGUUCGUCAAUUUCACCGAUGACUCCUACCGCCCAACAUACACUACCACUUUGAAAUUGGACCUUGGAAGUGUAGUGCCAAGUGUCUCCGGACCUAAGCGUCCACAUGACAGAGUUGAGCUUGCUUCUCUGGCUCAAGAUUUCUCCAAAGGGCUCACUGAUAAGAUCUCCUUCAAAGCUUUUGGCCUUAAACCAGAAGAUGCCACUAAAUCUGUCACAAUUACCAACCACGGAAGAACCGCAGAGCUUACUCACGGAUCCGUAGUUAUUGCUGCCAUCACAUCCUGCACAAACACCAGUAACCCAAGUGUCAUGCUCGCAGCUGGAUUGGUUGCCAAGAAGGCUGUUGAGUUGGGAUUGAAUGUCCAACCAUAUGUGAAAACAUCCCUCUCUCCAGGAUCAGGAGUCGUCACAAAAUACCUGGAAGCAUCUGGUCUUCUUCCAUACCUUGAGAAGAUUGGAUUUAAUAUUGCUGGAUAUGGUUGCAUGACAUGCAUCGGAAACUCUGGGCCACUUGAUGAGCCAGUAACAAAGGCCAUCGAAGAGAAUAACCUUGUCGUUGCCGGAGUUCUCUCUGGAAAUAGAAACUUUGAAGGAAGAAUUCACCCACAUGUUCGUGCUAACUAUUUGGCAUCUCCACCUUUGGCUGUUCUUUACUCGAUCAUCGGAAACGUCAAUGUUGACAUUAACGGAGUUCUUGCUGUUACUCCUGACGGAAAGGAAAUCCGACUAGCCGACAUUUGGCCAACCAGAAAAGAAGUUGCCAAGUUUGAGGAGGAAUUCGUGAAGCCACAAUUCUUCCGCGAGGUGUACGCUAACAUUGAGCUUGGAUCCACGGAGUGGCAACAAUUGGAGUGCCCGGCUGUCAAGCUUUACCCAUGGGACGAUGCCUCUACUUACAUCAAGAAGGUUCCAUUCUUUGAUGGAAUGACUAGCGAGCUUCCAUCACAAUCCGAUAUUGUAAACGCACACGUUUUGUUGAAUCUCGGUGACUCGGUAACCACUGAUCAUAUUUCUCCAGCUGGAUCAAUCUCGAAGACCUCUCCCGCCGCCAGAUUCCUUGCUGGACGUGGAGUAACGCCAAGAGAUUUCAACACUUAUGGAGCUCGCCGUGGUAACGAUGAGAUCAUGGCUCGUGGAACAUUCGCCAACAUUCGUCUUGUUAAUAAGCUUGCGUCGAAGGUUGGUCCUAUUACACUCCAUGUGCCAUCUGGAGAAGAGCUCGACAUCUUUGACGCUGCUCAAAAGUACAAGGAUGCCGGAAUUCCAGCCAUCAUUCUUGCUGGAAAAGAAUAUGGAUGUGGCUCAUCUCGCGAUUGGGCUGCAAAGGGGCCAUUCCUCCAAGGAGUCAAGGCUGUUAUCGCUGAAAGCUUCGAAAGAAUUCAUCGUUCCAACCUGAUUGGAAUGGGCAUUAUUCCAUUCCAAUAUCAAGCUGGUCAAAACGCUGAUAGUCUCGGACUUACUGGAAAAGAACAAUUCUCAAUUGGAGUUCCAGACGAUUUGAAGCCAGGACAGCUCAUUGAUGUGAAUGUAUCCAAUGGUUCAGUUUUCCAAGUCAUCUGUAGAUUUGACACUGAAGUCGAACUCACCUAUUACCGCAACGGAGGAAUCCUCCAAUACAUGAUCAGAAAGUUGAUCCAAUAAACUGUUAUUUUAGCUUAAAUUUUUGAAAGUCAAUUUUUUCUAUUUUUAGAUAACUAUUUACUUUUCGAUGCAUCAAUCCUUCUCUAUUUUCUGUGAUAUUUUAUGAACAUGUUUGAAGUCCAAUAAAUUUGUGAUUUGGAGCAACGAAAUAAAUCAAUACUUUUU